CCCAAGGAACAUGGGAACCGGCGUCCCAGCUUCGGAGCAGAUCAGCUGUGCCAAAGGGGGUCCACGGGUUUAUUGCCCUGAAGAUACUGGAGGCACUGAGGCUGUGCGUGUUACCGACUGCGAGAACCCCAAGGACAACCGACCUCAAAAUGAGCCGGGCUACUGCAAUCCGGAGGACUCUGGGCACCUCAUGGCUUCCUAUGAGGGUAAAGCUAGGGGGUAUCAGGUGCCUCCUUUUGGCUGGCGCAUCUGCCUGGCUCAUGAGUUUACAGAGAAGAGGAAACCCUUUCAAGCUAACAAUAUCUCCCUAAGCAACAUAAUAAAGCAUCUAGGCAUGGGCUUGAGGUACUUGCAGUGGUGGUACCGAAAGACCCAGGUGGAAAAGAAGGCCCCUUUCAUUGAUAUGAUCAACUGUGUACCCCUGAGACAGAUCUAUGGUUGUCCCUUGGGUGGCAUUGGGGGAGGCACUAUCACCCGCGGCUGGAGAGGCCAGUUCUGUCGUUGGCAGCUUAAUCCUGGAAUGUAUCAGCACCGGACAGUUAUCGCUGACCAAUUCACAGUGUGCCUGCGUCGGGAAGGUCAGACUGUUUACCAGCAAGUCUUGUCCCUGGAGUGCCCAAGUGUCCUGCGCAGCUGGAACUGGGGCCUGUGUGGAUACUUUGCUUUCUACCAUGCUCUCUAUCCCCGAGCCUGGAAUGUGUAUCAGCUUCCUGGCCAGAAUGUCACCCUCACCUGCCGCCAGAUCACACCAAUCUUGCCCCACGACUACCAGGACAGCAGCCUGCCUGUAGGAGUCUUUGUGUGGGAUGUGGAAAAUGAAGGGGAUGAAACUCUGGAUGUGUCCAUCAUGUUCUCCAUGCGGAAUGGACUUGGAGGUGGAGAUGAUGCCCCAGGGGGGUUGUGGAAUGAGCCCUUCUGUCUGGAGCGUGAUGGAGAGACUGUGCAAGGACUGCUGCUACAUCAUCCAACCCUUCCAAAUCCCUACACAAUGGCUGUGGGUGCACGACUCACGGCAGAUACCACGGUAACCCACAUCACAGCCUUUGACCCUGACAGCACUGGGCAGCAGGUGUGGCAGGAUCUACUUCAGGAUGGACAGCUGGACUCCCCCGCUGGCCAAAGCACCCCCUCACAGAAAGGAGUAGGUGUUGCUGGGGCUGUAUGCGUUUCAGGCAAGCUGCCACCUCGAGGUCAGUGUCGCCUGGAGUUUUCACUGGCUUGGGACAUGCCAAGGAUCAUGUUUGGAGCUAAGGGCCAAGUCCAUUAUAGGCGGUACACAAGGUUCUUUGGCCAGGAUGGUAAUGCAGCACCUGUCCUCAGCCACUAUGCACUGUGCCGAUACACAGAGUGGGAAGAGAGGAUAUCAGCUUGGCAGAGCCCAGUAUUGGACGACAGAUCCUUGCCUGCAUGGUAUAAAUCUGCAUUGUUCAAUGAACUGUACUUCUUGGCUGAUGGAGGCACCGUAUGGCUGGAAGUUCGUGAGGACUCUAUAUCAGAAGAGCUGGGAGGGGGCAUGCGUCAGCUCCGUCCCAUCCUACGAGACUAUGGUCGAUUUGGCUACCUUGAGGGCCAGGAGUAUCGCAUGUACAAUACAUAUGACGUCCACUUUUAUGCUUCCUUUGCCCUCAUCAUGCUCUGGCCUAAACUCGAGCUCAGCCUACAGUAUGACAUGGCUCUAGCCACUCUCAGGGAGGACCUGACACGGCGACGGUACCUGAUGAAUGGGAUGGUAGCACCUGUAAAAAGGAGGAAUGUCAUCCCUCAUGACAUUGGGGACCCAGAUGACGAGCCGUGGCUCCGGGUCAAUGCAUAUUUGAUCCAUGAUACUGCUGACUGGAAGGACCUGAACCUGAAGUUCGUGCUGCAGAUUUAUCGGGACUAUUACCUGACGGGUGACCAAGGCUUCCUGAAGGACAUGUGGCCUGUGUGUCUAGCUGUGAUGGAGUCUGAAAUGAAGUUUGAUAAGGACCGUGACGGACUGAUUGAGAAUGGAGGCUAUGCAGACCAGACCUAUGAUGGAUGGGUCACCACAGGCCCCAGUGCUUACUGUGGAGGGCUGUGGCUGGCAGCUGUGGCUGUGAUGGUUCAGAUGGCUGCUCUGUGUGGGGCACAGGAUGUACAGGACAAGUUUUCUUCCAUCCUUAGCCGGGGCCAAGAAGCCUAUGAGAGACUGCUAUGGAAUGGCCGCUAUUAUAACUAUGAUAGCAGCUCUCAGCCUCAGUCUCGUAGUGUCAUGUCUGACCAGUGUGCUGGACAAUGGUUUCUGAAGGCUUGUGGCCUAGGAGAAGGAGACACGGAGGUGUUUCCUACCCAACAUGUGGUCCGAGCCCUCCAAACUAUCUAUGAGCUCAAUGUCCAGGCCUUUGCAGGAGGAGCCAUGGGGGCUGUGAAUGGGAUGCAGCCCCAUGGCGUCCCUGACAGAUCCAGUGUACAGUCUGAUGAAGUCUGGGUGGGUGUGGUCUAUGGGCUAGCAGCCACCAUGAUCCAAGAGGGUCUGACUUGGGAGGGCUUCCGGACGGCUGAAGGCUGCUACCGUACCGUGUGGGAGCGCCUAGGCCUGGCCUUCCAGACACCGGAGGCAUACUGCCAGCAGCGGGUAUUCCGCUCACUGGCCUACAUGCGGCCACUGAGCAUCUGGGCCAUGCAGCUGGCCCUACAACAGCAGCAGGACAAAAAGGCCUCCAGGCCAAUAGUCAAACAAGGCACAGGGCCUACAUUUGGACCAAAGGAAGCCAUGGCAAACUUGAGCCCAGAGUGAGCCCUCUGAACUGUGAAAUAGAAGCACUAACAGCCUAGCCUCUAGCCUGGCCUUUACUCCCCUCCAGCCACUCCCCCCACCAAGCCUCCUGCAGCCCUGAGCCAUCAGGACAAUCAGACCCCCUUCCCUUCUCCCCAUCCAACUGUGCCAGUAAAAGGGGGUUGAGGGUGACCCAGGUAUCACUUAUUUAUUUCCUUCCUCCCCUUUUCCCUCAGUGCAUGAAAUGUUCAGGGAGGUCAGUCCAUUUCCCCAGUCCCAUUCAUGGCGUGACAGAUACAUGGGUACAAAUAAAUGACCCAGAAAGCCAA